AUGCCUCCGCGACUCCUCUUCCGCCGCCUCCUCUCCACCGCCGUCGCAGCCCCCGCAGCCCCUGCGGAGGUGAGCUCCGCUGCCGCGCCGAGGCCCACCGACCCGGCGCUGCUCCUCCGCCUCUGCACAGUCCUCUACCAGCACCAGAACGCCCCGGACGCCGCCCUGCAGCGCCGCCUCUCCGCCCUCCCCCUCCCUCCCGCCCCCGCCGACCUCCGCGAGCUCUUCCUCCAGGCAUCCGCGCGGUUCCCGCUCUCCUGGCGCCCCGUGCACCGUCUCCUCGCGCACCUCACCGCCCGCCACGGCUUCGCGCACUCCCCAACCACCGCCGCCCGCUUCCUCGACGUCCUCGCCAAGUCCAGCAACAUGGACCUGCUCCACUCCACUCUGCUCUCCCUCCCUCCGGAACUCCUCUCCGACGCGGCCCUCCGCGCCGCCAUCCGCGGCCUCGCCCCCGCCCGCGAGGUCGGCAAGGUGUCCGCCCUCCUCACCCUCUUCCCGGAAUCGCACCGCCCCCGCGUGCUCGCCUUCAUCACCGACGUCGUCUGCUCCGUCUGCAAGCUGCCGGACGUGGCCGAGAAGGUGAUUAGGCAAGCCGAGCACCGGUACGGCCUCGCGCGCAACAGCCGAUGCUGCGACCUGCUGGUCGUCGCGUACUGCCGCGCGGGGAUGUUCGCCGAGGCCUGCAGCGUGUGGAACGGGAUGGAGAGGCGCGGGAUCGAGCCGGGCGCAGCGGCGUACGAGGAGAUCGUUGUGACUCUGUUCAAGAACAACCGUUUCGCCGACGCCAUGAAGGUGUUCGAUGGAAUGCGGAAGCGGGGCCUGUCUGCCGGCGGUGGCGGCGCGUGCUACCACGCGGUGGUUUCGUGGCUGUGCAAGGAAGGAAGGACCUGGUGCGCGUUCAUGGUGUUCGCCGAAAUGGUGAAGAAAGGGGUGGAGGUGGACGGAGAGGUGCUGGGGGAUCUGGUGUAUGGGCUCUUGGCGAGGAGGAGGGUGAGGGAAGGGUACAGUGUUUUCCAUGGUGUCAAGGAGAAGGAUGUUGCACUGUACCAUGGGAUGAUGAAGGGUUUGGUGAGGAUCAAGCGAGCUCGAGAGGCGACUGAGGUGUUUAGGGAGAUGGUUGCCAGUGGGUGCGAGCCAAACAUGCACACCUACAUCAUGUUGCUUCAGGGGCACUUGGGGAAGAGGGGCAGGAAGGGCAGGGAUCCACUGGUCAAUUUUGAGAGCAUCUUUGUUGGUGGAUUGGUGAAGGCAGGAAGGACAUUGGAGGCGACCAAGUUUGUGGAGAGGACGAUGUGGGGUGGAGUGGAUGUGCCGAGGUUUGACUACAAUAAGUUCUUGCACUACUUCUCGAAUGAGGAGGGAGUGGCGAUGUUUGAGGAAGUUGGAACGAGAUUGAGGGAAACAGGGCAUGUUGAUCUCGGGGACAUCUUUCUAACCUAUGGCGAGAGGAUGGCCACAAGGGAUAGGAGGAGGAGAGCGAUGAAUGGGCGUUUGACAGAGCUUCAAGAUUACAGUUCACUAUCACCAUCUCAGGAGUCAGAAGCUAGGAGCAUCUGAUGUGUAGUACCAUAAAAGUUUCAAAUACGGUAUAGUUUGGACUUUGGAGGAAUAUUGUGUGCUUGCAUUUGUCUUCUCUCUUGCUUUGAUUCUCUAUGGACCUGGUAAGUGUCUUCGUUUUCAAGGUCUUGGUAAGUUCUUUAGGAAUUCGGAGCAUUUACUAGGCUGCUGAUUGCAUAUUUCGAGGAGCUUGCUUUUCUGAACUCUGUAUGCCAGAUGCUGAAUCUAUACAGAAUCAUUCAUGCAAUGGCUCUCUUUUCCUCUUAUAUGUCAUUUUAUAUUUCUCUCUUCCAGGCACUUCUUUGUUGGUGGCGGCUGAUAUUUAAUGGCCAUUGGUCCCAUGAGUCAACCGGCCUGUUGUUAUCGUCAUGAUGUAUGAUGUGAUUGAAUACAAAAAUAAGGGGCAAGAUUGAGUAUGCCUGAUGGCCUCCUUGUUUGAAAUCUCACAGCCUACAAGUGAAGCCAUCACUGGAUUACGAUGUUAUCAACCACACUACACUGGUCCGACCAUGUGAAUCUGACACUUCCUGAAAGGCAUCCUUCAGCUGCUCCUCCCUUUGAACAAUGGGGCUGUAAGACAACGACAUAUACCCUUGAAAAGUCAUAAGAUGCUUGUGUGGUCUAUAUCGACAUAUCCCUCCUGAUCCCGCACUUGUAUGGUGGUGAGAGCCUAUCUGCAGAUUGCGAUGCUCCCUUGCCCUUGUUGCUGCAGCUACCGUAGUAACAAUAGAGAGCGGCACAAGAAUUCAUAACCAAAAACUCAAGCUCUGUCCAGGUGGUGUGAGUAUUAGUUGUGUGGAGCACCUGACUGGAGAGGGUUUGUUCCAACUUGGUAGCAUCAGCUUCAAGUAUACUGUCCCCCUUUUGGUACUUGACAGAGAGAUGGAGCA